ACGCACCUCCAGUUUCUGGUGAUGUUCCGUAGCCGAUUCAACGAUGCCUUCCCGAAAUCCUUGGCCAACUUUGGUCCCCAAGAGCUCGAACAAGAUAUCAUUGGCAGUCCGCCUGGCGAACGAGUCGAAGCUUUUCUGUGCGCUCUACUGUUCCUGCUCUUGAACCGAAAGCAGGACGUUAAGGCCGGUCAAUACUCCAAGGCUCUCGACGACGCUCUUUCUGCCCACAAGUCCCAGUGGCCACGAUCAUGGGAAGGAGUCAACCCACUGUCGGGUAGCAACACUUUUCACAGCAUUACACCCACUCAGAGACUCUCUCUUCUCCGUGCGUUUGCAUUGUGGUCCCUUUCAGCAUCCGAGACUGUCAAGACCAUCAUCAAUAAAUCCUACAAAGGAAAUCGUCACGAUGACGACUUGAACCAGCCACUCUCUGUCCAGUCCUGGGGUUCAGACAGUGACAAGAGACGGUACUUCUUGAUCGAAGGCUUGGACGAUACUGCUUUCCGCGUAUAUCGGGAAAGUAACCCUGCUGGCUUUAACCGCACUUGGUGGUCAGUAGCUGGAUCGAUCGACGAGCUCAGGGCCCUAUGCGAGAAAUUGGAGAGUAAGGACGGCGGCCCCAAGGCCAGGAAGCUUGCAGAUAAGAUGCUGGCAGCUAUUCCUCGCUUUGAGGGUACUGAGGAGAAACGACGUCGCAGAGAGUAUCGACAGGCACAGAAAGCCCGCUUCAAGCGUCCCGAGCCUGGUUUCUCUUCCUACGAAGGUCGCACGAGAGGCAAGCGAAUCAAGUACACAUACUCCGAUGAUGAGGACUUCCUUACCGACUCGUCCAACCGGCGCUCGGCGCGCAAUACUGGGACGAGCACCCCCCUGGAGCCAGCAGGGCCAGUGACCACCGCCAGCGGUCGUCAAAUCAGAGCUCCACCACGAAUGAAUGGCAGCAGCGCAGCAGGGAGUGUCAACGGCGACUCGGAGGAUUCCCGCCAGCCAUCAGAGCCGGCGGCUGGCCCUGGAGGCCGGCCACGCAGAGCCGCAGCAGUUCACCACGGAACCAACGGAUGGUCAUCUAAAGGCACUCGGACUCGUGGACGUGACUCCAUGGAUGAAGACGAAGACGACGACAGCGAGCCUGACUUGGGUGACGACGAAGAAGAGGACCAUGUCCCAGAUGAGAGUGAGGAAGACGAUGAUGAACCAGACGAAGACGUGGAUAUGGCAGAUGAUGACCUCGUCGAUGAACCUCGAAAGAGCUUGAUCGUAAAGCUGUCGGUGAAGAAGUCCCCUACCACGACGAAAACGGCUAUGAUGACUCCUGGUCCAGAGGAUGAGAAGGCCUCAAUGAGAGAUGACGAAAUGGUUGACGAGAUUGUUGCCAAACCCAGAGAAGCGACUCCGGAGCCCGUUAUCAACGUUGCGACCACGAAACCGCCCCUGAGUCCGACCGCUGUGCAGACCUCCUUGGCCUUUAGAGGAAGCCCGGAUAAGCUGCAAAGCAUGCUGCAACAAGUAGAUGUUGGUGUGCGCGAGUAG